AUGUCCGCUACCAAGAAAGCAAGAACAGUGAGGAAAAGAGCGGCGGCGCCUACCGAUUCUGAUCCUGAUACGAACGAACUGGUGCUGUCAUCUGAUCCACUUCAUCCGGCGAAUUUGAUACCUGAAUUAUGUAAACUAUUUUAUUCUCUGGGAUGGGUUACGGGUACUGGAGGAGGUAUAUCAAUACGUAAUGGGGAUAAUGUAUACAUUGCUCCAUCAGGAGUCCAAAAAGAACGAAUUUCUCCAAAGGACCUUUUUGUUCUCACACUUUCUACGCAAUGCAACCUUCGCUCUCCACCAUCUCUCAAACCUUCCGCUUGCACGCCAUUAUUCUUCAACGCAUAUACUCUUAGACAGGCUGGUGCAUGCAUUCAUACACACUCGCAGAAUGCCGUCAUGGUGACGCUACUGUAUAGAGAUCAAUUCAAAAUAACGCAUCAAGAGAUGAUCAAAGGUAUUAAAAAAGGAUCUACGGAAGAGAACAUGAUGUUUGAUGAGAUGCUCGUUGUUCCUAUCGUGGAGAAUACUCUAUUCGAAGAAGAGUUGACGGCACGGAUGGCCAAGGCAAUCGAAGAUUAUCCAGAGACGAAUGCCGUUUUAGUGCGAAGGCAUGGUGUAUAUGUUUGGGGUAAAACAUGGGAAAAAGCCAAGACAAUGACGGAAUGUUAUGACUAUCUUUUCGAAAUAGCCGUCAAAAUGAAAAGCAUUGGAAUCGAUCCUGCCGCCAAACCU